GGGUGCAGGCCGGGUGCCCUGAACUUCCUACGCGGCAGCCAGUCGCCGCCCGGGCCCAGCCCCGGUUCAUCCCGGCCAUGCAGGCCCGCACUCGCCCCGGCCCUAGCCUCUGGAGCACCGCUCGGGGCUCCGCUGCUCUGGCCUGGGGGGCGGGGCCGGCGGCGCGGCGUCAUGCAUAUGCAUGAGCAGCGCGGCGGCGGCUCCAUUGUGCCCUCCGAGCGGCGGCGGCGCGAUGGCGCGGGCGGCGGCGGCCCGGGGGCGGCGGGCGGCGCCGAGGGCGGGCUGAGCGCAUGGAGCGGCGCGGGCCAGGGGCCGCGGCGACGGGCCGGGCCGGGCCGGGCCGGGCGGAGGAAAGAGCUGCCAGCCAGGGGCUGGGUUGGUGCCUGUGUCCUGUGUCAGCCGCAUCAGUGCCGCCGCCCUGAGGCCAAGCUGGUGGAUGGACUGCUGUUGCCCAUCUGCUUCCUGACUUUCCCAGUCUCCACCUCAAAGAACACUUAGGCUCUGCUCCUUCCUUCUCAGCAGCCGGAGCAGCAACUCCCAGAUAAGUUCCAGCACAUUGGGCCUGUAGGCUGCUCCAUCACCAAUGAACCCCAUGAACCCCAUGAAACCUGCCUUGCCCCCUGCACCACACGGUGACGGUUCAUUUGCAUAUGAGUCUGUGCCUUGGCAACAAAGUGCCACUCAGCCAGCUGGGUCACUGUCCGUGGUCACUACUGUGUGGGGAGUUGGCAACGCAACGCAGAGCCAGGUUCUGGGGAACCCCAUGGGCCCUGCAGGAAGCCCCCCUGGUGGCUCCAUGAUGCCUGGUGUGGCAGGUGGCAGCUCUGCCUUGACCUCCCCGCAGUGCCUGGGACAGCAGGCGUUUGCUGAAGGUGGUGCUAGCAAAGGCUACGUACAGCAAGGCGUGUAUGGCCGAGGGGGCUACCCUGCGGGGUCCAGUUUCACUGCUGGGUAUGCAGGAGGCCCUGGGGGCCUGGGGCUCCCCACACAUGCAGCACGGCCCUCAACUGACUUCACACAAGCAGCAGCUGCAGCUGCCAUGGCUGCUGCUGCAGCCACGGCCACAGCCACAGCCACAGCCACUGUGGCUGCCCUGCAAGAGAAACAGAGCCAGGAGCUAAGCCAAUAUGGAGCGAUGGGGACUGGGCAGUCUUUUAACAGUCAGUUUCUGCAGCAUGGAGGUCCUCGAGGACCCAGUGUACCCCCUGGCAUGAACCCUUCGGGCAUGGGAGGAAUGAUGGGCCCCUCUGGCCUUUCCUCUAUGGCCAUGAAUCCUACCCGGGCAGCAGGCAUGACACCCUUAUAUGCAGGCCAGAGACUGCCUCAGCAUGGGUACCCUGGGCCUCCCCAGGGGCAGCCACUGCCUCGACAGGGGGUCAAGAGAGCCUACUCAGAGGUGUAUCCUGGGCAGCAGUAUCUGCAAGGAGGCCAGUAUGCAGCCAGCACUGCCCAGUAUGCUCCUGGCCCUGGGCAGCCCCCUGGCCCUGCCUCCACCUACACAGGACACAGACUACCCCUGCAGCAGGGCAUGGCCCAGUCCCUGUCUGCCCCUGGCCCCACAGGACUGCAUUACAAGCCCACAGAGCAGUUCAACGGGCAGGGCGCCAGCUUCAACGGGGGCAGCAUCAGCUACAGCCAGCCUGGUUUGAGUGGGCCUUCCCGCUCCAUCCCUGGUUACCCCAGCUCCCCACUGCCGGGGAAUCCCACACCACCCAUGACGCCUAGCAGCAAUGUUCCCUACAUGUCCCCAAGCCAGGAAGUCAAGUCUCCUUUCCUGCCUGACCUCAAGCCAGGCCUCAGCUCCUUGCACCCAUCGCCCUCCGGAAGUGUCCCUUGUGAUGAGCUGCGCCUGACUUUCCCAGUUCGAGAUGGGGUGGUCCUGGAGCCCUUCCGCCUGCAGCAUAACCUGGCUGUGAGCAACCAUGUCUUCCAGCUCCGAGAUUCUGUCUAUAAGACCCUGAUGCUGAGGCCUGACCUGGAGCUGCAGUUCAAGUGCUAUCACCAUGAGGACCGGCAGAUGAACACCAACUGGCCAGCCUCGGUGCAGGUCAGCGUCAAUGCCACACCCCUGAGCAUCGAGCGUGGGGACAACAAGACCUCGCACAAGCCCCUCUACCUGAAGCAUGUGUGCCAGCCAGGUCGCAACACCAUCCAGAUCACUGUCACCGCCUGCUGCUGUUCCCACCUCUUCGUGCUGCAGCUGGUGCACCGUCCCUCUGUCCGCUCUGUGCUGCAGGGCCUCCUCAAGAAGCGCCUCUUGCCAGCUGAGCACUGCAUCACCAAGAUAAAGCGGAACUUCAGUAGCGGCACCAUCCCUGGCACUCCUGGGCCCAAUGGAGAGGAUGGGGUGGAGCAGACGGCUAUCAAGGUGUCCCUGAAGUGCCCCAUCACCUUCCGCAGGAUCCAGCUCCCAGCCCGUGGUCACGACUGUCGCCACAUACAGUGCUUUGAUCUGGAGUCAUACUUACAGCUCAACUGUGAGCGCGGGACCUGGCGCUGCCCCGUCUGCAACAAGACAGCAUUGCUGGAGGGCCUGGAGGUGGAUCAGUAUAUGCUAGGCAUCCUGAUUUACAUUCACAACUCAGACUAUGAGGAGAUCACCAUCGACCCCACGUGCAGCUGGAAGCCGGUGCCCGUAAAGCCUGACCUACACAUCAAGGAGGAGCCCGAUGGGCCAGUGCUGAAGCGCUGCCGCACUGUGAGCCCUGCCCAUGUGCUCAUGCCCAGUGUGAUGGAGAUGAUUGCAGCCCUGGGCCCUGGCGCUGCCCCCUUUGCCCCAUUGCAGCCCCCUUCGGCCCCUGCCCCCAGCGACUACCCCAGCCAGGGUUCCAACUUCCUGGGGCCUGGAACCUUCCCAGACUCCUUCCCAUCUGCUACACCCACCACCCCAAACCUUUCUGAGUUCACCCAGGGGCCACCCCCAAUCUCCUACCAGUCUGACAUUCCCAGCAGCCUCCUGACUCCAGACAAGUCUGCUCCAUGCCUCUCAGGCCAGAUGGCACCAGCAGGCCACCUAGACCCCGCCCACAAUCCUGGACCACCAGGACUGCACACUCCCAACCUUGGACCCACCCCAGGCACCCAGCUACACCAUCCAAACCCUUCCCCUGCAUCCCGGCAGCCUCUGGGCCAACCAAACACAGGGCCCAUCAGCGAACUGGCUUUCAAUCCUGCCACGGGCAUGAUGGGGCCUCCCAGCGUGACUGGGGCAGGGGAGGCCUCAGAACCAGCUCUGGACCUGCUCCCAGAACUGACCAACCCUGAUGAACUGCUCUCCUACCUGGGUCCACCUGACCUCCCCACAAACAGCAGUGAUGAUCUGCUCUCACUCUUUGAGAAUAACUGAUCCUGUCUGUGUUAACCCCUGGCCUGGCGAAGACACACUCAAAGAUACCACCACAGCCUUCCCUUCUCACCCAGCCCCACAGGAUGCCUGCCGGUUCUCCCUGAGUCUCCCAAUGCACACCCCCUGAGCUGGGGCCUGCCACUGCCAGCCCCUGAUAAACUGGAGGCAGCCCUGUGCUGCAAGGGGCCCCAGGCCAGUGGUCCUCACACCCUCCGUCCAUCAAGCUCACUGCUACAGGAUGGUUCCUGUGAGGUGCCGCAGGCCCCACUAGCCCCAUGUGCACCACCCUCUGUCCCAGACUCAUGGGCUUGCACCCCCCCUGCCUGCUCCCGCCCAGCACUGAUCCCUCUGUGUCCGCCCCUCCUCAGAAGAGCUGGUGAGCUGGUGAGGCUGGCUCUGGACCCUUGGUCUGCGCUCCAGCGGCCUGAGCCUGGCGGCCUCGGAACCUUACAGAGCUCUGGCCUUUGGGGGCCUGGCGCUCCCACCCAGCUGAAUCUGGUUCAGGGGUUCCUCCCUCCACCCUGAGCUUCAGGCCGAGGCUGGGGUGGGAGCAAUAAAGCACAACAAUGUACAUAGUGUAGAAAUGUGACAGCUGGGAAAGGGAGGGACGGCGGACGGCUAUUUAAGUCAGCAUGUUCCUCUGCACUGGCUGCACCUUCCGUGUGGGGUCUGCGUACUGAGCAGACAGCUCGGGAGGUUCAGCUCCUCUAGGGUGGGCUUUCAGACUCAGCUCUAUGUAGAUUCUCCAGUGAGCUGCUCCCCCAAGUUUCUCUUUUCUGUGAAAGUGAAGACUUAGUACAGCUGUGUUUUUUAAACCACCUCAUCUCCACCCUGCGGCCCACACCCAGGUGGGAGGCCAUUGCAUCUGCUGGCAAAACGCCUGGGCCUGCAAGUAGGGUGCUGGCCUGUUGUGUCUCCUGUCUGUGCAAUCUAUUAAAGGACUCCCUCUUGGUGGGCCUGGCUGAGUCCUUCCUUUGUGCUGAGGGGCUGUGGCCUUCCUGUUCUUAGCACCCCAAAUAAAAAUCUAGAUGUUUUCAUCCAAGCUCAGGCUAUCCCUGAGCUGUGGUAAAUUUCCUUUACCCUGGAAUUUUCCAAGUUGGCUUCAGCUACAGAGCUAUUUUGUAAAGUGUCUCAGGCUUGCCCUGGAGACAUUUGCCACCAUGUCACCUUGCCUGGGUGUGCCCUAGGGCAGGGAGCCAGCUAUCUGUCAAGUGACUGCAGCAUGGCCAAGGGCCUCAGCAGCAGUAGGAUGUGGGCCUGUGUUCACUGCCCCUCUUGGCCUGGGCCCUGCCUAGACAGCAUUUCCUGUGCAACAGGAAAGGUGAGAACCAGGGAGGGGUGAGGGGAAUCCUCGGCUGGCUGCCAAAGCAUUCCCUGAGCCUCCUCCAGUGCUGCAGGGAAGAGGAAGGAGCCGCCUGCAGAGCCUUGGUAGCUGCCUGACAUUUGAGAACACACCGGUGGCCUUCUCAUUACCCUAAGGAGCCUAUUUCCAGCUUUUCUGCCCUCUUGGCCGAUAGAGUGGGGGAGGGGACAGAAGUGAAAACAGCAGAGGGCCAGGGCCACAGGAAUGCAAGGACACCACAGCAAUGCUGACUGCAGCGUCCGUCCGUCCGCAGGGGAAGGGGAGGAAGAGUUGGAGCCGGUUAGGGUAGGGGGCAGAUUGGAGGAGCGCCUAGAGACCAGCAGCACCAUAGCCAUUGGUUCUGAGUAUUCUUGGGACCUGACAACAGCCAUCUAGAAAGUCCGACCUCAAGAGAUGGACAAGUGGUUGAGGAGUAGCUACCAGAGUCCCUGUGCACGGCCGUGACUGAGUGUCAGCACAGGUUGUAGGAACUCAGUCUGAGGGUUUUUGUGAAGCUCACGGCUAAUGAGCUGUGCAGGCUUUACAUACGCGGUUCUUUCAACAAAGCAGGGCCAUGGACUCGCUCCCUGUGGAGACCCAGUGAGGGUUGGUGGCUUCAGGGCUCGCCAUCUCACUGGAACUUGCUUUGUCACUAUAAUCUUAUGUAUGUGCCAAAUAUUGCAUAACUUUAAUAAAGUUGGCUAGACCUGA